AUGGCAGAAAAUAUUCAUCGCCAUCACCACCACAAUCCUACCAACAUUGGUAUGAUCGGUGUACCUCACGGUCCUGAAACCGGCGACGACCAUCUUUCAAUGCGAGGUGUCCCAGACAAAGCAGACGAAGAGAGAAUUAUGAAGCAAUUAAUCUAUCCUGACGACACCCAUACCCCAGAUGGAACAUAUUGGGCAGAUUUACCAUUUGGUCAACAGAUGAAGUUCAAUGCCUCCGUCGAUAACGCUGAAGCUGCCAAAGAAUUGAAAGCGAUCGGGUCAAUGACCAAGAAAGAUCCAUUGAGUCCAAUUGCCUGGUAUUUCCGUAAUGCGGUUCUACCUGGUGCUGGUCUUGGUCUUGAAGGUUACGUUCUUUUCUCCAUUGGUAAUCUGACUCCAUUAUUCUCCGCGGCGUGGCCUACUUGCUGGAAAACAUACUCCGAUUGCAACAGAACCUGGGUCGAAGCAGUUCAAUACCUCGAGGUCUGCGGUAUUAUUGUUGGCCAAAUCCUUGUUGGAGCUUUGGGAGACGGUAUCGGUCGUCGCUGGGGUCUCAUUCAAGAUGCCUUGAUCAUGUUUGUUGGGCUCUUGAUGCUUGUUGCAUCUUGGGGAACAACAUUGAACGGCUGGGUCAUUUGCUACUGCUGGGCUCUCUUCUUCUACGGUAUUGGUGUCGGUGGAGAAUAUCCUAUGACAGCAACAGCGGCAAUGGAAAACGCGACUGGAUCUGGCCGUAUUUCAACCCGCGAUGAUCGUCUUCACCGUGGCCGUAAAGUUACCAUGGCUUUCUUGAUGCAAGGAUGGGGACAAUUCUUUAAUCAGGUCAUCUUAAUCAUCUUACUUUUGUGCUUCCACCAUGGAAGCGGAAACCCACCAUAUUCGAAGGUGUCUGCUCAAUGGACCUUCCGAGUCUCCUUCGCACUUCCUGCAGUUGGAACUCUUUGGUUGGUGUAUUACCGAUACUACAAGAUGCCCCUCGCCUCCAAGGCGCUCAAUGCUGCCAAGAAGAGGUCCAGUGUCACAGGUUACGAUAUGCAAUCUCUGAAGUUGACUUGCAACCAUUUUGGAGGACGACUCAUUGCUACCGCGGGUGCGUGGUACUGCAACGAUGUCUUUUUCUACGGAAACAAGCUCUUCCAGUCCCAGUUUAUUGCCGUUCUUUCGCCAGGCAGCAAGUCAAUCAUGACCGGAUGGCUUUGGAACUUGGUCAAUGUCGGCGUUUCGCUUUGCGGUUAUUACCUGGCAUCUUUCCUGAUCGACAUUAAAUUCGUUGGACGAAAGCGUAUGCAACAGCUUGGUUUCCUCAUGGAUUUCGUCCUCUUCGUUGUUCCGGCAUUCCACUACAAAUACUAUGCAUUGGAAACAAGCCACAUCAAGGCAUUCCAGGCAAUGUACUUUUUGUCGUCAUUUUUCAACCAAUUCGGACCAAAUUCCACCACCUUCCUUGUCGCAGCUGAAGUCUUCCCAACACCAGUUCGUGCGUCUGCUCACGGGUUCUCUGCUGCAGUCGGCAAACUCGGUGCUCUUACCGCUGCAGUGCUCUACAAUUACAUUGACACACAAACGAAAUUCUACGUCGUUCCAUGGUUUGGACUUGCAGGAAUGAUUGUCACCUUCUUGUUCCUGCCAGAUACCACUGGUCUCGAUCUCAAAGAGCAAGAACGAAGAUUCACGUACAUCCGUGAGGGCCGCGAAUCGGAGUACCAUGGUAUCGCAGUCCACCCACGCCAUCUCUCCAUUUGGGAACGUCUGCGCGGCGCCGGCAAACACUACGACCCUAAGCUCGAUUACUCUUCCAAGGUCAACGAUCUCCGCACAGAGUGGGCAGAGAGACAAGCCGAACGAAUGGACUCGGAAGAAGGCAUCGGCAACGAAGUCGACGAAGAGUUCCCUCGCGAGGUCCACGACUACUUUGCUCAAACGACCAAUGUGAAGGCUGCGAUCAGUGAGAAGAAGCAGCGUCAUCAGCCUUCAAGCUCAAGCGCGAGCGCAAGCGAUGAGAUUAGUAAUGAGAAGGUUUCUGUUUAA